CGGCACCUCCGACAACUCACAACACGACGACAGCAGCAACAUGACGACGCCAAAAAUGCUAGCCGGCAUGACGCCCAACUCCCACGCGGUGGCUACAUUCGCGUUUUCGCCAGCACUACUGGGACAAUCUCCCGCGGCUUUCCUCAAGAACCACAGAUCACCGAUGCCGUCGGGGAACUUUAACUCGCCUGGGAUGUUUGCGGCGCUGGGAGUCACGGGAACUCCGAGCAUGCAGCAGUUACCCCCAGAUGAGAACAAGAAAAGAGAGUUGGCGGAGAUUCUGCGGGUCUUGGGGACGAGGCCGGGGAGGAUCAGUGUUGCGGCUGUGGAGAGGUUGGCGAAAGGGAUGGGAUUGGAGUGCUAUAAGGAUACAGACCCCGCCACCGGCGGAACGACACUAUCACUCGCAGCGAAGAUCUUCUUGCUAGAUAUCGAGUUCACGGGCGACAAAGUCGAGCGAGUACAAAUCUCAUUCGAGAACACCCCCGGCCCGUCCAGCGACCUUGCAGCCCAAGCUGCCGCGAUAUUCCAGAAGAACCUGACGCCCUCAUCACUCUCUCCCGGUCGGCCGCCGCUACUGGUCCCGUCGCUCUCGGACUUCGCGGAGAACCUGACCAGAUUCUACCGUACCGACAAGCUCAGUGGGAGCAUCAAUUGCUUCGCAGCGAUCACUGGGAUAUAUCAGAGUCUGCGCAAGAUCUAUGAGUACGAGAGGGAUAGUAUGGACAGUGAAAUGGCGGUGAUGUGUGUGGGCAAUGGAAGGCCGGCGAUGCAUGUCCGAGGGAAGGUGGGGUUGAGUAUUGACUAUUGGAAGGAACGGCGGACAAGUGCGGAACAGGAGGAGGGUGAGGAUGGUGAAGAGAAGUUAUGGAGAAUAAUGAUCGAAGUUGAAGAAACGCCGCCGGAUUUCGAGAACAACCUGAACAUGGGGAAUAUGACAAUAACGCCAGUGCGUGCGUCGGAUCAGUGGGUGUCGGAUGAAGUGAAGAAGUCAAACAAUCUGUUCGACGAAGAGCUCACAACCGACUGGCUCGAGCCCCCACUAGAAGAACUGCUUGACGUGACCGGCGACUCCUCGGCGUCACGUCCCUCAUCCGCCCGCUUCCUCGCGCGUCUCGACCCACCCGUCGUCGUCCCCCUCCAAGACCAAAUGGAACUCUACACCGGCAUGCAAAUGACCGGCCUCGGCACACUCGAAACCCUCCUCUUCCCCGGCCUCCCCCCAAGCAACGAUACGUACCGCCACAUCCACGUCCCCGAUUCCACCGCCCCACUGCACCACUACCACCUCCACCCCUACCUUAAACCUGUCUACGUCCGUUACGUCAGCGAAAUCCCAUUCUCGCAUCCUCGGGACAUCCUGCCUAUACUCCGCACCCUCCGCCAAUAUGUCCUCGUCAAAACCCUUCUCGAAAGCUGUUUCUCGCCGCUACACCCCUCCCCACCCCCUCCAUCACCACCUCACUCGUCCAUAGACGAUUUAAACUUCUUCCUCGAUUCCACCAGUCCCAGUACGGGAGAGGUGCCAGUCGAUAUUACCCUCGAGCCAGGUCAGCAGUUCGGGAUCCGUGUCGUCUUUCCGGAGCGUGCCAACACUGGCGUGGUGAAUAUGCAGGUGCAGGUGGGACGGAAUGCGGAGGUGAGCGUGAAGCAAAAUGAACGCGCGGAGAAGGCCAUCAAGGCUUGUGAGGACUUGGGACUGGUGGUUGAGUGGAUUAGGAGGCAGUCAUAACGAUAUUGAUGGAAGCCAUGGUUUACUGUAACAGGAAAGGAUAUACCCUGGGUGGUUUUUAAUGCAUGUUUUGUAUUGCUUUGCUUUUGGAGUUUUUCAGCGGUAAUUAGAGGGAUUUUCAUGGCCUAUCACCUCAUUCGAGGCUUUCCAGUGACUCCAUUCCCAACGUAGUAGCUUGUUUUUUUACCAGGAGG